CUAUAGCUCCUCUGGCUUGUGCUCGACAAGGGUGCAUGGAGUAUCUGUGGACCAGGAUACUCGCCUUCCUGCAAGCUCCAUCCGCAGCUUGGCCGUCUACGGGUUGACAGGAUGCUCAUCGCUCGUCGCUUGACGUUGAACCCCUGAUCUAGAAGUUUUGUCGUUCGUCAAAAUUAGCUGCUUCUCCCCAUCCUGACAAAAUCCUGACUCUCGUAUCACAUCAUCCACAUUUCAAGUCGCUUACAAUUCUCACUGUUCUUCUCUCAACUUUCCUCCAUCACACAUUUCGACUAUUACUCAUGAUAACGACACCUCCAGCAUGUAAGAAUGGCCUGACUCAAAUGCUUUCCACGCCGACACCAUGUCGCCCUCGGACCCUCUGGCAAGCUCCAGCCUUCCACUCAACUCAGCGUCAUCAGAUAUACUGUUUACACAGAAAGACGAUCCACCAUCCAGACAUCGCCGCCGGACGACCCUCGCCAGCUCGUCUGAAGCAAUUUUCACUGACUGGAGAAAGAGGGGCCUAGGGAGAAAGAUCGCACCAUGGAUGAAUCCGUAUUCGACGAUCGUCGUGGAGAGUCCGACAGCCUCUUCCUUGCCCCAACGCUCGAGUGCUUCUUCGUCGAGAAUACCUUUAACUACCAAUGCGGACGUGGAAUACAAGGGUUCCAAAGGUCAUCUUGAAAGGAGUGUUUCAUCUUCCGAGAGUAUCGCCGACGGGCAAGUACCGGCGGACCAAAGACCGACGUUGCUCUCACCGACGAUAGCUUUGGUUCCUCAUUAUGCUCCAGAUUCCCUAGGCGGGUCUCUGUCUCUGGCACGGUCCUCGUCUCCGCGAUCCACUAGUCCCCGACACGCUGGGGCUGCAUCGGGUCUCGUAGCCCUCAAGACCUCGUCUAAAGGUUCAAAGCUUCGCCAACCUCGUCCGAGGUCUGAUCCUGGUUCGGCCAUUGAAUGGAAUACGCUUCAAGAGGCUCUAGGACAGGAGCACUGUUGUGACCCAUCCAACUCGGACAUGGAAGCGGUUUCGGUCUAUCCCAGAGAGAAUCUGACACCGCAGAGUGGGCAUAUUGACCACUGUGCACCUUUUGAUCCGGAGAUGGUGGACACAUCUCGGAGCUCCGGUCAGUCGUUGGACAUGAUGAGUGUGACUAGCCCUUACCCAUCUCCCUUACCGGCCGGGAGGCUUCGAGAGGCGAGAGCAAGCUCCAUCGAUCACAUCGAUACCAUGUCGACAUUGGGACAAGAAGAAGACGAGCUUGGAUCAAAGGACGAUAACAUGGUCAAUGCGAAACAGAUUCGCCCACCCCUCGAUACAGAGGGCUCGACUGCAAUCACUUCACCAUAUGCGCUCUUCCCAAUCGUCGCAUCACUCUUAGUUUCUUCACAACACAUGUCCGCUUCGAAGCUCGCUCCCGAAAAUCCAAUCUCUGACUUAGAGGCAUCUUCACGGGCCACAUUGAACAACGCAACGUCUUUCGCCGUCAACGCUGACCCAUACUCUCAGCCAGGACAUCCAAAUAUCGACUACGCCUAUCACGCCGUGACGACGGAUGCUGCAGCGCAGAGUCUAGGUCGACAACGCGUAUCUGCUGAAAUCAGGUCUGGAUCAAUCGUCUCACUCAUCGCACAGAACGGACCUGUUGAACACUUUGGCAGCCUCAUCUGAGCCACAUAGCUUCAAUCUCACAGCACCUGAACCACUGGGACUGCUUGUCGAAUCCAGGAAUCUCAUCGAAGCCGUGGCUCAUUCCGAGCAAUCGAAUAUUGAUUCGACUCUUGCCUCGGCAUCUCAGUCAGAACGAGUGCGAAGUCUCUCAUUACGAGCAGCUCCCCAACCGCCUCGUCUU